CCCGCCGCCCGCGCGCCCCUCCCCUCGGCGAGGCGGCGGCGGGACCGCGCCGCUCCGGCAGAGUAAACCGGUUUGUCUUCACUUCGCCCCUCGAGGCGCCCGGGAGCACUGCCAGUCGGCGCUGGGACAUGUGUGCGCGGCUCUCUCCUUUCCCCCGGCGAGAGGAUGUUUCAUUCCGGUAGAAUGUGGAGCUGCCAUUGGAAAUGGAAGCCAAGCACCCUUCUAUUCUUAUUUGUUCUGUGUAUCAUGUGUGUUCCUCUCGCAGCAGUGUCGGGAUGCGCCAACUGCAGGGUUGUCCUGUCCAGCCCCUCUGGGACCUUUACUUCUCCAUGCUACCCUAACGACUACCCCAACAGCCAGGCCUGCCUGUGGACCCUGCGAGCUCCCACUGGCUACAUCAUUCAGAUCACAUUUAACGACUUCGACAUUGAAGAAGCUCCCAAUUGCAUUUAUGACUCCUUAUCUCUGGAUAUUGGAGAGGGCCAGCCUAAAUAUUGUGGAGCAACUGCCAAAGGCCUAUCAUUUAACUCAAGUGCGAAUGAGAUGCACGUGUCCUUUUCAAGUGACUUUAGCAUCCAGAAGAAAGGUUUCAACGCCAGCUACAUCAGAGUUGCCGUGUCCUUAAGGAAUCAGAAGGUCAUAUUACCCCAUUCACCGGAUGCUUACCAGGUGUCUGUUGCAAAAAGUGUCUCCAUUCCAGAGCUUAGCGCUUUCACGCUCUGCUUUGAAGCAGCUAAAGCUGGUAAUGAAGACCAUGACUGGACAGCUUUCUCCUACUCAGAUGCAUCAUCCUCACAGUUGCUCAGUUUUGGAAAGGCCAACGAUGGCUACUUCCUAUCUAUUUCCGGCUCAAAAUGCUUGCUGAACAGCGCGUUACCUGUGAAGGAGAAGGAAGAUAUUUUCACGGAAAGCUUUGAGCAGCUCUGCAUUGUUUGGAAUAAUUCUUUGGGCUCUGUUGGUAUAAAUUUCAAAAGAAACUAUGAAACAGUUCCAUGUGAUUCUACCAUUAGUAAAGUUAUUCCUGGGAAUGGGAAAUUGUUGUUGGGCUCCAAUAAAAAUGAAAUAGCCUCUCUGAAAGGGGACAUUUAUAACUUUAGACUUUGGAAUUUUACCAUGAAUUCGAAAAUCCUCUCCAACCUCAGCUGUAAUGUGCAGGGGAAUGUGGUUGACUGGCAAAAUGACUUUUGGAAUAUCCCGACCCUGGCUCUGAAAGCUGAAAGCAACCUGAGCUGUGGUUCCUACCUGGUCCCGCUUCCGGGAGCAGAACUAGCUAACUGCGCAGAACUGGGGACCCUCUGCCAAGCAACUGUAAACUCUUCUAGUACUACACCACCCACUGUCACCACUAACAUGCCUGUUACUAAUAGAAUCGAUAAACAAAAGAAUGAUGGAAUUAUGUAUAGAAUAUCCGUAGUGAUUCAAAAUGUCCUUCAUCACCCUGAGGUCAAAGUACAGAGCAAGGUUGCAGAAUGGCUCAAUUCAACUUUCCAGAAUUGGAACUACACUGUUUAUGUGGUUAAUAUCAGUUUUAACCUGAGCACUGGAGAGGACAAGAUUAAAGUCAAGAGAAGCGUUGAGGAUGAUGAAAGGUUGGUGAUUUGGGCCCAUAUCGUUUACAAUGAUACCAACAAUGUCCACUUAGAAGGAAAAACCAUUCAGGAGAAGCUUUUACAAAAUAACGAAUCCCUGGAUGAGGGCCUGAGGCUGUAUACAGUGAAUGUGAGGCAACUGGGCGUCUGUGAUUCCGUGGAGGAACCCAAAGGUUUUCACUGGCCGGCGGUGCCCCCUUCUGAGUACAGCCUCCCGUGUCCCGACAAGCCCGGCUCCUCUGUCUCGCGGACAUGUUAUCGCAACACGUCAUUAGUCUUUUGGGGACCCCUGGACAUCUCCAACUGCUCAAGGGAAGCAAAUGAAGUUGCCAAUCAGAUUUUAAAUUUAACUGCUGAUGGGCAGAAUUUAACUUCAGCCAAUAUUAACAGCAUCGUAGAACAGGUCAAAAGAAUUGUGAAUAAGGAAGAAAAUAUUGAUAUAACACUCGGCUCAACUCUCAUGAAUAUAUUUUCCAACAUCUUAAGCAGUUCAGAUAAUGACUUGCUUGAGUCUUCUUCCGAAGCCUUAAAAACAAUUGAUGAAUUGGCCUUCAAGAUAGACCUAAAUAGCACACCACAUGUGAAUAUUACAACUCGAAAUUUGGCUCUUGGAGUAUCAUCCCUGAUCCCAGGAAUGAGUACAAUUUCAAAUUUUAGCAUUGGUCUUCCAAGCAAUAAUGAAUCAUAUUUCCAGAUGGAUUUUGAGAAUGGACAAGUAGAUUCAUUGGCUUCUGUAAUUUUGCCUCCAAACUUACUUGAGAAUUUAAGUCAAGAAGAUUCUGUAUUAGUUAGAAGAGCACAGUUUACUUUCUUCAAUAAAACUGGACUUUUCCAGGAUGUAGGACCCAAAAGAAAAAUCUUAGUGAGUUAUGUGAUGGCGUGCAGUAUUGGAAACAUUACUAUUCAGGAUCUGAAGGAUCCUGUUCAAAUUAAAAUCAAACAUACAAGAACUCAGGAAGUGCAUCAGCCCAUCUGUGCUUUCUGGGAUUUGAACAAAAACAAGAGUUUUGGGGGAUGGAACACGUCAGGAUGUGUUGUUCACAGAGAUUCAGAUGCCAGUGAGACCAUCUGCCUGUGUAACCACUUCACACACUUUGGGGUCCUGAUGGACCUUCCGAGAAGCGCCUCCCAGAUCGACGCCAGAAACACCAAAGUCCUCACAUUCAUCACCUAUAUCGGCUGUGGGGUGUCUGCUAUUUUCUCAGCAGUGACUCUCCUCACAUAUGUUGCUUUUGAGAAACUACGAAGGGAUUAUCCCUCCAAAAUCCUGAUGAACCUCAGUUCAGCCCUGCUGUUCCUAAAUCUCGUCUUCCUCCUGGAUGGCUGGAUCACUUCCUUUGAGGUGGACGGAUUGUGCACAGCAGUCGCGGUCCUGCUACACUUCUUCCUCCUGGCCACCUUCACCUGGAUGGGGCUGGAAGCGAUCCACAUGUACAUUGCUCUAGUUAAAGUGUUUAACACCUACAUCCGCCGCUAUAUUCUAAAAUUUUGCAUCAUCGGUUGGGGUUUGCCUGCCUUAAUCGUGUCAGUUGUUCUAGCAAGCAGAAAACAAAGUGAAGUCUACGGUAAAGAAAGUUACGGGAAGGAACAAGGUGACGAGUUCUGUUGGAUUCAGGAUCCGGUGGUAUUCUAUGUGACCUGUGCUGGCUAUUUUGGAGUCAUGUUCUUCCUGAAUGUGGCCAUGUUCAUUGUGGUGAUGGUGCAGAUCUGUGGGAGAAACGGCAAGAGAAGCAACCGGACCCUGCGAGAAGAGGUUUUAAGGAACCUGCGCAGUGUGGUCAGCCUCACCUUUCUGCUGGGCAUGACAUGGGGUUUUGCUUUCUUUGCCUGGGGACCCUUAAAUAUCCCGUUCAUGUACCUCUUCUCCAUCUUCAAUUCAUUGCAAGGCCUAUUCAUAUUUAUUUUCCACUGUGCAAUGAAGGAGAAUGUUCAGAAGCAGUGGAGACGGCAUCUCUGCUGUGGUAGAUUUCGCUUAGCAGACAAUUCAGACUGGAGUAAGACAGCUACCAAUAUCAUCAAGAAGAGCUCUGAUAAUCUGGGAAAAUCUUUGUCUUCGAGUUCCAUUGGUUCCAACUCAACCUAUCUUACGUCCAAAUCUAAAUCCAGCUCUACCACCUACUUCAAAAGGAAUAGCCACACUGACAGUGCUGCCAUGGACAAGUCCUUGUCAAAACUGACUCAUGCAGAUGGAGAACAAACAUCAAUCAUCCCUGUCCAUCAGGUUAUUGAUAAGGUCAAGGGUUAUUGCAAUGCUCACUCAGACAAUUUCUACAAAAACAUUAUCCUGUCAGACACCUUCAGCCACAGCACCAAGUUUUAAUGUUUUCAGUCUAAGAAAAAGAAAAUAAGUCACGAAAUGUGAAGAUCUGCGAGCAGAGAAAACCAUGAGUAGCAGAUAUAAAUGUUCUAUUACCUAGGUAACUGCAUAGAGAUGAGGAAUAUAUUUUGUUAAGAAGGCUUUUGUGAAAUUCAGAGUUUAGCUUUUCAGUGUGUGUCUCAGAUGGAAGGCUCCCGUCAUCACUAAAGCUUCCCUACCAAGAGCAGUAUGUCUCAGUAGGCAAAGAGGAUAUGAUUUUUUAAAAUAUAUAAUUGAACCAAGCUAAUCAGAACCCAGGAGCAGACAUUAAAAUUAGAGGUCAAAGGAGAAGCAAAACAAGAAGAAAGUAGUUUAGGGUUCAUGUACCUCAUCGCUGUGCCUGGAUGUGGCCGUUUUCUGUGUUCUCUUUCCCAACAUUAGGAAGCAGGGUAAUACUUGUAACUAUCAUGGCUGCUUGCACGUUUCACCCCAGUGCUACUUCUGAGAGUGCGACAGCAAUUACUCUGUGUCAGCAUUACUCUGUGAAAUUUCAAGCACAGAUAAAAAAGACCAUUUGGUCCAAAAAUGCAAAAGGAGUUUUUUCUAAUUGUCAAAUAUAUAAUCCUCAGGACCAUAACAUG